ACUGCGGUCACACUGCUUGCAUCAUCUCCCAGCGCGUCUGUAAAGUGUUAAAAUAAUUUUACUUUUGAGUCGCCUUGAGAAUUUCCGUCACUCCAUAUAUAAAUAUCGUGUAACAGCCGGAUUUAGUUGUUCUCGAGAGCAUUUCCCCCAAUUGGUUGCGAAUAGCAGUGCGCUUUGCUAAUUCGGCACGCUAAUUGGCAAAGCAAAACCGAUUCGAUUCCAGGGAAGAAGACGCAUAAGCAGUAGAAGGGUGAAGAACAAAAGAAGGAAAACAACAGUUAAUCGUCAAAUUUUACAGGCAAAAGACAGUCCACAAUGAGUUCCGCGGAGGAAAACAGCAACAGCCAGGCCACCACGCCCCAGGACAACGAGACCGCUGAGAAUGUCAACCUCACGGAUCUCGAGAAGAUCGAGGAGGAGAAGCUCAAGUCCAAGUAUCCCAGUGGAAUGCGAGUGCCGGGCGGUCACUCGGCCUUCCUCCAAAAAAGGCUGCAGAGGCAAAAGUUCUUCGACUCGGGCGACUACCAGAUGGCCAAGCAGAAGGGUGGCAGCGUUAAGCAGGUCUUUGCCAACAAGGUGCCCACCGGGGAGGCCAUUCCCACGCCCGAAACCGUGCCGGCACGCAAGACCUCGAUCAUCCAACCCUGCAACAAAUUCCCAGCGACGAGCUAAUUUACUCACCUAAUUUACUUACACCUACUAUAUUCACAACCUCAACUGCAGCCAGUUUCCCGUUCCCACUUCAAAUGCUCUAUACCUAAUUUUAAAGAAAACCCUAAUGCUAAGAUGGCUGCUGCCGGAUUGUGCAGGUAUUUCGCGAACGUUUAACCUGAAUUUGAAGCUCCUCGAUCCGUUACCCCGUUAAAUCUAAGCGCCAACCGCACCAGCCAAUCUCAAGAUCCCGUCAUCAGUCCAUCUCUCAGGCCGGGGAAGCGUAGAUGGCGAACCGAGCAGCGCGAAAUUUAUUGCAACAGUUAUAUAAAUCUAUAUUUCUGUAAUAUUAACUUAACUUACCCUGAUCGUACGUAGCUGUAAGUAUUACGAGCAUAAUAAAUUUAAGUUGGAGCCAGCCACAAACACAUA